AUGAAGAACAACACAAACACUAAUUUGAUCCUUUUCCACCACCACACUCCUUUAACCUCAAAAUCAGCUUCCGCCGUCGCCGCCGCGAAUCACCACCGCCGUACUGUCUUCGUUGAUGAAAACCCUUACGCGGUUUCUAAAUUUGAGCAGACAAAUCCUGGAGUUGAAGCUUAUGAUGUUGUUUACUCAACUAAAGUCUCCCAAGCUGGUAAGCUUUUGGGUUAUUACAAAACCCGACCCGAAUGUCGACCCGUUCAGAAUCUUUUGUUCUCAGAUUGUAAAUUGGGGAUUAAUGAUUUACCCAAUUUUGUAUAUGAGAUCGAUUGGGAUGUGAUUUUGAUUGAUGGGCCUCGAGGGUACGCCGCUGAUUCGCCGGGAAGAAUGGCUCCGAUCUUUACUUCGGCGGUUUUGGCGAAGAGUAAAGAUUCCGGUAAGAAGAAGACGAAGAAUACGACGGAUGUUUUUGUACAUGAGUUUGGGAGAAAGUUGGAGAGAGUUUACAGUGAGGAAUUUCUAUGUGAGGAGAAUCUGAGAGAAGUUGUCGGAGAUUUAGGGCAUUUCGUUGUAGCGGCGGAAGAAGGGGAAAAUCAGGGUUUUGGGUUUUGUCGGAAUUCGACGAAAUUGACGGAGGUUUUCACGCCGGUAAGUGGUGGCGAUGAAGAGGUCGGUGCUGAUGAAGACUGA